CCGAAAAGUUCAGGACGCGACACAUACUGGAUGUUUGGCGAUAGAUACUGAAGUGAUUGGAAACUUUCAUACAGGCGAGGACGACAGAUGGACUUCUGACUUCACGUCGAUGAUUAUCAACUUUCGGCGAUCCCAUAUUUUGUGCAGCGCAUCGUUACGCAGGAGAGAAAAACACCUUCGGGAUUCCGCAAAUCUCACCACACCACCGGGAUGUACAGAUGAGACCAGUGACUCCAAAAGGUCCUGUAAGAGGCUCUAAGAUGCCAGCUGUGACCCUGCCAGGUUGAGCAGCCUCCCUCUGCUGUGUCCAGUGCUGUGGCUCCCUCUGCUGUGUGACCGAGGAAGGCCAGGAAGGGCAGGCGGCGGCAUGGGGAACAUGCUGGAGGAAGGGAUGAACACCGUUAUCGUCAGCCACUACAACCACUCGGGGAAGUGGGACCGGCCUCGCACCGGCGGCGCCUGCAAGAUGGCCGUGCUGCUCUUCAUCUGCGUGCUGAUCGUUCUGGAGAACGUUACGGUCCUGCUCGCUCUCUGGAGGAACAAACGCUUCCAUAGCCGCAUGUACUUCCUCAUUGGGAACCUGGCGCUGUCAGACCUGUUGGCUGGCGUGGCAUACGUGGUGAACAUCUUCACCUCGGGACGCAACACCUUCUUCCUGACGCCAGUGCAGUGGCUGGCCAGGGAGGGGAGCAUGUUCGUGGCCCUCAGUGCAUCCACAUUCAGCCUUCUGGCCAUCGGGAUUGAGAGGCACAUGACUAUGGUGCGCUUGCGUCCAUGUGAGACAGCAGGGCGGGGGAGACUUCUAGGACUGCUGGCAGCCUGCUGGCUUGUGUCAGUGCUGCUCAGUGCUCUGCCCAGCCUGGGCUGGAACUGCCUGAACAACAUGGCCUCCUGCUCCACGGUGCUGCCGCUCUACGCUAAGAGUUACGUGGCCUUCUGCAUCAGCGUGUUCAGCGCCCUGUUGGUCGCCAUCAUCAUCCUCUACAUCAGGAUCUACCGCCUGGUGACCUCUAGCGGCCGCAGGGUGAGCAGCCGGCCGUCAGAGCGCUCCCUGGCCCUGCUGCGGACAGUGGUCAUUGUUCUUGGAGUGUUUGUCAUGUGUUGGACCCCCCUCUUCCUCCUGCUGCUGCUGGACGUUGGUUGUAGCCCAGAUAAGUGCCCUGUGCUCUACCAGGUGGACUGGUUCAUCGCCCUGGCUGUGCUCAACUCUGCCCUCAACCCUCUGAUAUACACUCUGUCCAGCAGGGAGAUGAGGGCCGCUUUCUUCCGGCUGCUGUGCUGCUGUCAGACAAGCAUGGAGUCCACCGGAACUCCUGUGGUGGGCAACCCCCACCUGGGCACGGUCAUCCCCACAGCGGAGAACAGCAAGACCAGUUUGGGUGGAGGAGGGGGCAGUGGGGCUGGCAAAUCCACGCUGAACAGAGGGAAGGUUCCCACACCAAUGAACUCUGACAACAAGCAUGGAGAUCCCUCAGCCACCGCUGUGCCUCAUCCCUCCGGACCUGCAGACCUGCUGUCUGCCGUGCUCGUGAAGGCGGGGGCGCUGCCGCCCCUCAGCAAGUUCUGAGUGGAAGCACCUUAACGAGGCCUCACAGUCACACAGAAGUAGACGUAGAACUGACAUAGUCCUGCUAUCAGCCACUUUUUGUUUAUGCACUACGGCCAGCGUAGCAUGGAUAAGAUGAAAUAACAUGUGAUGUUCAGUUGGAACCACAUAAAUGCAGACUAGAGUACAAUCAAAAUCAUCCAAAGCCACUAUUUACAGCAACUGAGCAAUAUUAUUCACAGCAGCAGGGUAGCGGAUACGUUGUGUUUGUCUGACACAAUGAUUAAUGUUCAAAACUAUGACUACAGUAGGACACGUUCAUGGACGUGGACUAGACCAAGCCCCAAAUUAAAUCUCUUGUCUUAAUUCAUGUCUGAAACUAUACUUGGCAAUGCCUCAAGCAACAACAGAGUAUAAUUAACUUCAUUAGCGUUGUGUCUGUCAGUGUGUUUAUUUUAUUUUACUUUUUUGUCAUUAUAAGCAGAAAAGAUCAAAUUGGGGCACUUUUUUUUGCAUGUGCUAUAUGCAGAUACUCUUACAACAUUUGCAUUUUUCCAUCACAACUUGACUUGGUAAACUAUUUAUUUUCUAUGAAAACAUUUGCCAUCUUAAUACCGUUGGUGUCAUUUUUUGGUAUAGCUUGUGUGCAUAAGAAAGCUAUCAUGGUACUUGGACUUUAUGAUUGAUUUUGUAAUGAUUUGAUAGAUGCACUGUGAGAGAAAACAAGAGCAAAAGUUUGCCAGACUAGCGGCCUCUUGAGGCUGUGAUUACAUGCCACGAAACAAAACUGUUGGAUACAUGAAAAAUGGAGGAUUAUUAGAUUCCUGGUGCGUAAAGAUUUUCCUGGUGGUGCAACAGGAAGAGCGAUGUUUCCACUGAAGGGUUUGCCUUCAGUGGACGUUACCAGAACUGACUCAUGUUUCAUUGGUCUGAGCUCCGCUUCAUCAGCACCAGCUGCACUGUGAGCUGAAUUAGCGUGGCUAAUAACUACACUCAUGGACAUCUUCGCUUCUCAUCAGCACGUCUAGAAACCACUCACAAGUCAACUAACCACUAGCGAAUAGGAGUGUCGGAUGUGAAUUAUUUAAUGGUGGUAGACUGUAAAUGACAUUUCUGCCUAGGGUGGUGUAGUGCCUGAUACCA